AUGAACAACCCACAAUCCCGGUCGGACGACCAACUCGACUCUCCGCUGCUCCCGCCCCAACCGCUAGCAGCCUCCAGCCACGAGCUGCCCCCUCGAUACGACUCGCAUCAGUUCCCACCAACUCCGCCCGCAAUAGCCACACAUCACGCCUCCCACGACUACUUCCAGCUCAAUCCUCACAGCCCUGCAGAUUCUCGCGCGUCGACCGACCCAGCUGUUGCAAACGUCCCUUCACCACCUCGAGCUUUCGGCUCCCGCUUUCCUCGAUGGGGCACCUGGCUCGAAAAGCGUGCGCUCGAGCGUCACUACGCCGACGUCGAUCAACAACUCACUCCGCACAGCCAUGCACAAAGAAUCAGCGACGAGCUCCCAAACCGCAGGAAGAAGAGCUGGGGCGCUUGGGUCGACGGACCAGACGCCAUCAACGAUGAAGCCUCCUCGCACAGCACAACCCAACCUCAAGCCUCAGGCCAUGCCACGCACGCUCCUCCUCUCCAUCUCCACCACUUUGGCUCCCGCUUCAUCCCGCACUUGCCAGCGCAACCGCUGUGCUCCAUCCUCAUCAGCUUGCCAUCCCCGAGCCACUCUUCACCCCGCCAAGUGCUUCUCCUCGGCACUCACCUCGGCCUCUUUGCAGUCGAAUUUCACCCAUCCCAAUCCCCUUCCACGCAAACAGCCAACGACGCCAUCCGCUGCACUCACAUCUGGUCCGGUUUGGCCGUCUACCAGAUGUGUCUCUUGGCCUCCGACGAUCGCCGCGCCACCACACGAAACGCCAAUCCGCGUCCUCUCACUCCACCUUCAGGCGUCCUGCUCGCACUCACCUGUCCAUCCUCGGCCAAGGACGGCUUCCUCUCCUCGUCUCUGAUGCAACUCAGCGCACACGCUGGCUCCGUUCUCGAAAGCGUCGCCGCUGCCGGUGUCACCCCAUCCACCUCGUCCAGCUCCUCCCACUCCGCACACGCCUUGCCCGUCGGCGACGAGAGCAUCGCCGCCGCCAACUUCGGUCCAGCCACCGGCGGAGGUCCGGGCCGCGCCGUGCCCCCGGCAGGCACAGGGCUUGUCCGCAUGUGGCACCUCCAGGCCAUCAGACAGCUUCUCAUCUACGCCCUGGACACACCUCAUGCCAACACUCCCAUCCACCUCGACACACCAGCCGAAAGCAUACCCCCCAAACGAGACGGUCUCGGCACCAUUCUCAAAAAGACCUUUACCAGGCAAAAGGUGCGCAACAUCGCCAAGUCCAGCCAACACAGUCGCGCUGGUUCCAGUGCAUCGUUUGGAGAUGCCAUCGAUCCAAUGCCUUUGCCAAACGUCCACGCUGAUCCUGCACGUGACAGGAUGUCGGGCUCCUCCUCGACAAGGUCGUCGCUCGACGCGCACCAGCAGCAAGCCUCCUACACUGACCGCCAGGCAAGCGCUGGUCCCAUUCGGCAUGGUCGCCCACCGCUAUCUCCCGCCGAAAGCCGCCAGGCAGACGCAGCACACGCAGCUGCUCUUUCCUUGGCCAUGGGCUCAGUGCCCAUCCAGCAGCCCUCGCACUCCGCCUCGGUCUCACCCAGCUCCAAUGCUUCAAGCUCCAGCUUCGCAGACACCGCCUCAUCCCUCGGCCGACAGGCUGGACACAAAGCCAAAGAACGCGACACAAGCUCGCAGGGAGCCUUGUUCUUCUCCGUCCACGAAGCAUCCGCCGACACCAAAGGAGCCGGCACAUGGUACUUGGCCAUCACCUACGCCAGGAGCGUCAUGGUGUACGAAGCUCCCUUGCCCACCACUGGCACGUCGAGGGCAUGGUCGUUCGUCAAGGAGCUUUAUGCGCCGUUCCCAAUCAAAGCUGUGGCUUUUGCCCCCGCCGCAGUCUCCGACGAUCCGCUCAGUCCCACGGCCCCGGGUGCUCUCCUGCCAGGCAAAGGCCCGACCAAACUCCGGGUCGCAUCUCCUCACGGGCCUCUGCUUACAUCCAAGAAAGGGCCGCAGCGAGAACCGAGCUACUCCACCGGCGCUGCGCCGGGGGCUCAGGGCGUGGGGCCGGCAAGAGUACCAAGAGGUAGCGCAGCUCCCGCUUCCUGGCGCAAGGCCGAUCUGUGCUUGCUGCUCAGUUUCGGCCGCCGCGCCGCUCUGAUUCGGCUGCGAGAUUCCGAGGUGCGCGACUUCGACCUCACGCCUCUCGCGCAGCUCACAGCGGCAGCCGACGGCUCUGACGGGCUAUCGCCACCGCAGCUUUCUCUGCAGCUUCCACGGCCUGAGACGCAAGUCAAUGCUGAUGGUGCGAGACUGCUCCACGUUCCCGGUGAAGGCUCCACGCGCGCAGACGGUCAAGCUCCCAGCAGCAUCGGCCACACCCGCCAGGGCUCGGUGGAGCAGAGGAUCCGCGAAGCGAUCCUGGACAAGCGUUCGAACAAGCAUCACUGGAUCGGAUUUUCCACCAUCGAAGCGCGCAUCCUCGUUCGACAGGAGGCCGACAUCGAAAACCCCACGCCCUCAGGCCCUUACCACCAAGAGUCGGCAUCGAGGCUAUCUCCCACGGGCAUUUCUCUCAGAAAGCCCACCUGGAGCACCUCGAGCUUGGGCCAUGCUGACAUGAACAAGGCGCUUCCACUCGCGCCCGUGAACCAGAAUGCUUCGUUCGAAAAACGCUUCUCGCGCGUCCAUCUCUCUGAUCAGAACGCGCAGUACCACGAUGCGAUCCAGACGGCCGACAGCAGCGGCAGUGGCUCCGACUCGUCCGAUGAUGACUUUCGGCACCAAAUUGGCAAGAAGUACCAACUUACUGAUCCGGGACCUAUUCAGCGCCGAAGCCGGCGUGCGCAGCAGCCGAAGCGCUCUCAGUCCGGUCCGAGUGCCGAGCUCGUGUCGGCCAAGAUGGCAAUCGCGUCCAAGGCCAACUUUACGCACGUGUUGGCGCUGCCGCUUGUGGCGGCCGAGUCGAGUGUGCCGCUGGCGGUGAUGCAGUGGUCCAACACGCCCAAUGCUGUGUCGGGCUGGGCGCGCGUGCUGGGCGUCGAGCGCGCCAGCUCGACCGGGGCGAUGCCGCUGAACCAUCUCAAGCCAGCAGGCUUGGAACCGAGCUUCUUCGACCGUCCAGCUGGUUCGCAGGGCGGGAGACGCGACGAGCAGCUUGUAUUGCACGUGGGUGUGACGUGUGUAGCAUUCCUUGCGAGCCGGAUCGAAUCGCGCAAGGUAUCAUUCAAGCUUCCCGUUUCCGUAGGAUUCCGUAUGUCGGCGCGUACCGAACUCGAGCUAGCUCCCGUGUCUGACGUUGCAUAUUCUCGAGCAUACCUCGAGAGCGAAAGCGGCCACUCGAGUGUCUCUCCGGAGGAUGGCAGCUACCCUGGGGCAGGGACGUCGGUCCGCGCGGAUAGCCUGGGUCAAGAGCUGGAGUACCUGUGCGGGCCAUUGCUCACGCUGCCUCCUGCGGAUUUGGACGCACGCAGCUGUGGUGCACACGAAGUCGCGCCCGCUGCCCCACAUGCGCUUGUGCCGGACGGGACCGGCGAUGCUACCGUCGUCGCAUUCGACUGGCGCGGCGCUGACGACUUUCGCAUCUUCACCCUCGGCAUCGCCGGUUAG